AUGCUAAUAGACUCUGGUGCAACAAGCAAUGUAAUGGGAGAAAAUGCGUGGGAAAAGUUGAAGUCAGAGCACAUAAAGUGUCGCUCCUAUGUCCCUAAGACAGAGAGGAAACUCUACUCAUAUUCUUCCAGCCAGCCAUUAGCAGUCAAGGGUGCAUUCACAUGUGACAUUUCCAUAGGCAACAAAACUGAACAUGCUGAAUUCAUUGUAAUCAGGGGAAAUGGAGAACCACUGCUGGGGAAGGAAACAGCAACACGCCUGGGAGUGUUGAGAAUAGGCACCAACAUUUCUGCUGUAACUGACCUUAGGCAUGUACUCCAGCAGCAGUAUCCCGAAGUGUUUAAGGGAGUGGGAAAACUGAAAACAAGACAGGUUAAGCUGCACGUUAACCCAGAGGUGAGACCUGUAGCCCAGCCACUUAGGCGCAUACCAUUUAACCUCAGGGGGGCAGUAGAGUCCAGAAUUAAGGAAUUGGUGGACUUGGACAUUAUUGAACCUGUGAAUGGCCCCACCCCAUGGGUGAAUCCAGUUGUGAUCGUCCCAAAGCCUGGAAAUGAUGUUCGUCUGUGCCUUGACAUGAGGCGGGCUAAUGAGGCCAUAGUGAGGGAACGCUUUCCAAUCCCCACGGUGGACGAGCUACUCCAAGGCAUGAAUGGCUCGAUCAUAUUCAGCAAGUUAGAUCUAAAAUGGGGUUACCAUCAACUUGAGCUGACUCCCGAGUCACGUGAGAUCACCACAUUUGCAGUGCACAACGGGGUGUACCGAUACAAAAGACUGUUAUUUGGUGUAUCAUCCGCCAGUGAGCAAUAUCAGCAUGAGAUUGCCAGCGCUUUAGCUGGGAUUGAAGGCGUGGAGAACAUCUCAGAUGAUGUAAUCAUACAUGCCGCUGACCAAGAGACACAUGACAGGCGACUACAUGCAGUCAUGACGAGACUCAAAGAGACCGGGCUGACCCUGAACCCAGAGAAAUGCCAGUUCAAUAUGGACAGACUGAUUUUCAUGGGGAUUCUGCUAUCCGAGAAAGGAAUAGGGCCAACAGAGGAGAGAGUGCGUGCUGUGACCGAAGCAAGAGAGCCGGAGAACGCCACAGAGGUGCGUAGUUUCUUAGGACUUGUAGGUUACAGUAGCCGAUUUAUCCCUCAGUUUGCAACUCUGUCGGAACCACUGAGACGUCUAACACGGAAAGACACACCAUUCAGGUUUGGACCAGAACAGAAACAAGCAUUCAGUGCCCUUAAAGCAGAGUUAGCUAGAGCUACAACCCUAGCCUACUUUGACAAAGACGCACCAACACAGGUGAUCGUGGACGCAAGCCCUGUUGGAUUAGGUGCAGUGCUAGUUCAAAGUCAGAGGGGAAUUAAAGUUCCAGUAUGCUAUGUGAGCCGCAGUCUAACCGAUUGUGAACGGAAAUACUCUCAGACAGAGAGAGAGGCACUAGGUCUAGUUUGGGCCUGUGAAAGACUGCAUCCAUACAUCUAUGGAAGGAAGUUCGAUCUUGUCACAGACCAUAAGCCAUUGGAGGUGAUAUAUGGUCCACGUUCCAAGCCAUGCGCACGGAUAGAGCGCUGGGUCUUGAGGCUACAGCCGUAUGAAUUCAAAGUGGUCCACAUAGCAGGAAAGAAUAACAUUGCUGAUCCACUGUCAAGACUGUUGACCGGUACAGUGAAACGAGUUCAACAUGAGCAUGGAGCUGAGGAAUAUGUCAGAUUUGUGGCAGUGAAUGCAACGCCGAAAGCACUCACCACUAAAGAAGUGGAAGGGGCAUCAGCCAUUGAUCCAGAAUUAGGUGAGGUACGCAAAGCCAUUGCCACCGGACAUUUUGAGAAAUGCAAACAGUAUGCAAUUGUGGCAAACGAGCUAUGUACGAUAGGUUGUCUUGUUCUGAGGGGCACGCGCAUAGUGUUGCCACAAGCCCUGCGAGCGAGAGCGCUUGCACUAGCCCAUGAAGGACAUUUGGGUAUCGUUGGAACCAAGCAAAAUCUCAGAACAAAAGUGUGGUGGCCUGGUAUGGACAGAGCAGCCGAGAGACAUUGCAAGGCCUGCCAUGGCUGUCAAAUCGUGGCUAAGCCUGACCCACCAGAGCCGCUAAGACCAACACAGUUACCUGAUGGACCCUGGCGGGAUGUUGCAGUCGACAUUCUUGGACCUCUCCUGUCAAACCACUCCAUCCUAGUGGUAGUGGAUUACUUCAGUCGAUACUACGAAUACGACAUCCUGACUACUACCACAACAGACAAGGUAAUAGACAGCAUGGAGACAAUUUUUAGCAGACAUGGACUGCCAGUCACAUGCAAGUCAGAUAAUGGACCCCAGUUCAAGUCAGAGCUUUUCAGACAGUAUUGCGAGGAAAAUGGAAUCACACAUGUGAAAACCACACCAAAAUACGCUCAGGCUAACGGAGAAGUUGAGCGGCAAAAUCUGUCACUGUUAAAGAGAAUUAGAAUUGCUCAAUCACAUGGACUAGACUGGAAAAGAGAAUUGAGGAAAUAUGUGACUGUGUAUCGUGGCAUCGCCCACACCACAACAGGCAAAAGCCCAGCAGAAUUGCUUUUCAAUCGCAAAAUAAGAGGGAAACUGCCAGAGCUCAUUGAGACUCACAUGGACCAGGAGGUAUGUGAUCGAGACGCAGAACAAAAAGCAAAGAGCAAAAUGUAUGCAGACACGCGCAGAGGAGCACGGCAGUCAGAGGUCAGUGUCGGUGACACUGUACUCUUGAGACAAGACAAAACUGACAAGUUUACAACAACAUUCAAUGCAACACCACACAAAAUCAUCAGCAAGACAGGAAACAAGGUUGUAGUGGAAUCACCAACUGGAGCACAGUAUGCGAGAAACACCACCUUUGUCAAAAAGUACGAAGGAAAUGGACUGAGACAAGACAUGCUUUACGAAAGGGAGGAAACCAAUGGAGCUGGGAACACUGAUCACAGUGAAGCAACGCUUGAAGACGAACACGAGACAGUUGCGCAGACUCCGCCAGCAGGAACUGAUUUUCAGACGCAGACACAGUCAGACAUACCAGCUAGGCCACAAAGGGUCAAGCGAACACCCAGUAGAUUGUCUGAUUAUGUUUGUGAGUGA